GCACCAUGCAGGCGUCCCGGGACAGCAUCCAAACCGAGCCCGGCUGGUACGUCUCUGUCCAGCAGCCGGAGGAGGCGGUGGCUGCAGAAGAGUGGAGUCCGUUGCUAAGCAACGAACCUCGCAGGCAGGGAUCCCCGGGUGCUUCGUUUGGUCUCUCUGUCUUUAAUGUGAUGAACGCCAUCAUGGGAAGCGGCAUUCUUGGCUUGGCUUAUGUGAUGGCUAAUACGGGUAUCCUUGGAUUUAGCUUCCUGCUGCUGUCAGUUGCUCUCCUGGCUUCUUACUCAGUCCAUCUCCUGCUUGCUAUGUGCAUCCACACAGCGGUGACAUCUUACGAAGAUCUUGGACUCUUCGCUUUUGGAUUACCUGGAAAGGUGGUGGUGGCAGGCACCAUAAUAAUUCAGAAUAUUGGAGCAAUGUCAUCUUACCUUUUAAUUAUUAAAACAGAGCUUCCUGCUGCUAUUUCGGAAUUUUUGCCUAGUGACCACAGUGGGUCCUGGUACCUUGAUGGCCAGUUGCUGUUAAUCAUCAUCUGUGUAGGCGUCGUGUUCCCUCUCUCACUGCUCCCCAAGAUAGGCUUUCUUGGCUACACAAGCAGUCUAUCAUUUUUCUUUAUGGUGUUCUUUGCUCUUGUGGUAGUAAUUAAAAAAUGGGCCGUUCCUUGUCCUGUGACCUUAAAUUGCAUCAAUGCUGUCUUUCAGAUUUCAAACGCUACAGAUGACUGUAACCCAAAGCUCUUUCGUUUCUCCAAAGAGAGUGUUUACGCCAUACCGACCAUGGCCUUUUCAUUUCUCUGCCAUACCUCAGUGUUGCCCAUCUACUGUGAGCUCCAAAGCCCUUCAAAGAAAAGGAUGCAGAAUGUGACCAACACAGCAAUUGCAUUGAGCUUCCUGAUUUACUUUGUGUCUGCACUCUUUGGCUACCUCACUUUUUAUGACAAAGUGGAGUCAGAAUUGCUACAGGGUUACAGUAGAUACUUGCCACAUGACGUUCUUGUCGUGGCUGUGAAGUUAUGCAUACUAUUCGCUGUGCUUCUGACAGUUCCUCUAAUCCACUUCCCUGCCAGAAAAGCUUUAAUGAUGAUACUUUUCUCAAAUUAUCCGUUUUCCUGGCUUCGGCAUUCUCUGACCACAGUAGCGCUCAACGUCAUCAUUGUCUUACUUGCCAUAUAUGUUCCUGACAUUAGAAACGUAUUUGGUGUCGUUGGUGCCAGCACAUCGACAUGCUUGAUUUUUGUGUUCCCAGGAUUAUUUUAUCUUAAACUCAGCCGAGAGGAUUUACUCUCCUUGAAAAAGCUUGGGGCUUUGCUUCUGCUCAUCGCAGGCGUUGUGCUUGGAAGCUUCAGUUUAGUGCUCAUCAUUUUUGACUGGGUCAACAAAUGAAAACAAAAUUUUUUUAUGAAGAAUAACUUACCUCUAUAAACAAGAAGGGAUCAUCAUGGAAGGCGCCUUAUAUGACAUAUACAUUCUCAGGAAAUUUGUUAAGAGGAAAGCAGGACAGAGCAGCAGUAUGAAUUUAGCUAUUUUAAUUUUAACCAAAAUUAGAAAUACUCAAAAUACUUGAAAUGUUCUUAAAUGCACAGAGUCACUCUUUUGUUUGGGAGUUUUGUUUUGUGUUCUGUGUUUUGUUUUGUGUUUGAGGCCAGACUUAGCUGUGUAGAGCAGGCUGACCUUGAACUGACCGAGGUCUGCUGUUGGGAAUUGGUUCUUUUUUUUUUCCCUGAGGGGAAUUGGUUCUAAUGCUUUGUCUUAAUUCAGCUCCCAAAGCCGCACUUCCAGACCCUGCCCUCAGCUGGCUUCAGUUGAUAAUAAAGAAUUACCGUACAGCCAAUGGCUGGGCAGAAAGA